CCAUUGAGGACUGCAGGGCUGCUAUGAGAAGCUGCGCGCAUAGCCCUGCUGGUUUGGACGGUCUCCCCUGCGGCGUGUAUGGGUAAAUGACGGAAGGCGCGCUGUGCAAUUUCGUUGCUGGGGUCAAUUCGCUGUUCGGGGGCCAUCGACUUGCAGCAAAGGAGCCAGCGCUCAAGGGCACGCUGCGCUUCGACGAUGGGUCGGCAUGCGGUCGACAGCACUUGGAGUCUUCGGAGUUGGUCACGCAUCCCAACGUCGACCACCGCCUGAUGACGACAAUGAUGGCCAGCCGCUUGCACGAGGCCUUCAAGGCUUCUUCUCCGCCAGCGUCUCCAUCUGCAGCACUCAAGGCAGCGAUCAUGCUGUAUAUGCUGCAAGAGCAGCAUCGUCGUGGCGGCAAAGCUGCAUCUCCCGUCGUCCUUCUCUCCCUCCCGCUACCAGGCGUGGAGGGUGUCCGUCGCUCAUGGCUCAAACUUUUGCCAUCGCAGGGCCUCUCCUGGCAGGCACUCCCUCCACUCCUAGAUGACGACGACGGCGUCGACGGCGACGAAGACGAAGACGAAGAGCCUGAGAAGCCUCGUAAGAAGGUGAAGAAGACGCCUGCUUCUCGAGUUGCUAGCGGCUCGCAACGCCGCCAGCGAAGUACCGUCAAGCCAACCAGUAAGGCUGGGUACCGCAAGACGCAGCCCUGUAACCCACGCGAGUUUUACCAGCAAUUUUGCCUAACGUGCGGUAGUUCUGAGGUUUGCGAGAUGGCUCUACACGGCUCGUCUUGUCGUCGCUGCCAGGAGAAGGGGCUGACCUGCGAUGCUGGCGGACGAGUCCCCGCCUUUCGAGGUGCGAAUGCCCCCACCUUCAGGCUGUUCCGUGAAGGGUUACAUCGAGGCCGACUCGAUCCGCCUCACGACCGGCCAGACGACAAUGGACGGCAGAUACGCCGAGUUGCGCCCGCUGCUCAGAGCAGCAACGCUCAUCAUCAUGGCUCGAGCCGAAUUGUCAGAAGCCGUGGCCUGGGUCGCUGAGAUGGCCAAUAUCGACGCAGAUGAGAGGGGGCAUGUACAGCGCUUCGCUGUCACAUCCCCAACCAAAAUAUAUCCAGUCGGAUUCACAGAAGAGCGGCAGCUGCUGCCGCAGCGCAGCU